AGUUAUUUUCAGAGAACGGCGUACUGGCUUUGGCGGGCCGGGGGAGACGUGUAGAGGAGGAGGGAUUCCCCAAGCAGGUUCCCUGACCCUCCGGAAGGGGGCUGGGAGUCUGGUGACAAGAGGUCAAGGAAUGGGGACACGGAGGGGGGCUUUGGGAAACUUCCACAGGAGAGUUUCCAGGUCAGCAUUUUUUAAGGACAAAAAUAAAACGGGAGUACUCCGGUCUGGAGCAGUGCUGUGUGAAUGUUCUCUCUAGAAUAAGGCUGGGUGGUUGUGAGUAUCCUUUAUGCCUGGGGAGUCCUGACUAACUAUUUGGGAUCAGGAAGGAAUCCCACCCCCUCGAAAACUGCCGAGAUAUAUAUAUAUAGAGAGAGAGAUCACGAAGGAGAAACCUGUGGCCUUCCAGAUUUUAAAGGACUCUUAACUCCAGUUCCUAUCCACACCAACGGUUAGGGAUGAUCAAGGUUUUUCCAACAACUGCUGGAGGGCUGCAGACUCUUUUCCGGGGGAUCGGUGGGAGCGCGACGUAAAAUGUCAUCUGACAGCUUGUCGAGCAAAGCCCUAAAGAUCAAACGGGAAAUGGGCGAGAACACGCCACACCUUUCCGACGAAGAACUAAUGGGUUUGUCGGUGCGAGAACUGAACCACCACCUGCGGGGCCUGUCCAAGGAGGAGGUCGCGCGGCUGAAGCAGCGCCGGCGCACGCUGAAGAACCGUGGCUACGCGGCCAGCUGCCGGGUCAAGCGGGUGUGUCAGAAGGAGGAGCUGCAGAAGCAGAAGACGGAGCUGGAGAGGGAGGUGGAUAAGCUAGCGAGGGAGAAUGCCGCCAUGCGCCUUGAGCUCGACGCCUUGCGCGGCAAAUACGAGGCGCUGCAGGGCUUCGCCCGCACGGUCACCGCACACGGCACUACUGGCAAGGUGGCCACUGCCAGCGUCAUCACCAUCGUCAAAUCUGGCUCCAACCAGGCCACAUACUCCUAGUGUCCGUAAGCCCGUGUCGCGAACUGAGUCCUGUUGCCAUGCCUCUGCCCAGCUCUCACCUAGAAUGGCUGUAGCUGCACUGGCCCCUCCCCCUUCUUCCACUUUUCUUCUGCCAUCCAAAGGAGACAGAAUCAACUUGAAGACGAAACGGCUGAAUGUUGAACUUCCUCCUCUGUCCCUUAACCUUCAUGAGGAGAGGGUGGGAAGGUGGUGCCCGACUUGCGUAAUUAACUGUUGAUGUUUAUCCGUGGAUUGAGAUGCAGUGGCCAGUUAUCCCCUUUUUCCUCUCUCCCCCUCCCCCAUUUUAUGUUUGCCAGGCUUUUCUCCUCUUGCCUUUCUGCGUACCCUUGCCCCCAGCUGAUGCAAUGGGGUGGGCCUAGAGAGGGCUUCCCUGCUACAAGCUGGGAACACAGGCUCGGAGAACCUUUUGGCCGCAAGGGUUACAAAAGGGAAAUAACCUUCCUGUGAGAGGGCAAACUAGGUAGAAGCCGCCAUGUUGUCGGUGAGAGCUGCCGCUGCAGGAACCAUCCAGGAUGAAGCAAGGUUCUGCAACCCUUGUCAGCUCACCUUUCUCAUCCUGGCCCUGUGUUUGUCUGUGUUGUCACUCUGCCUUUCCUCACAGCCAUGCACCCUUUGGCUCAGAUCUCUUCAAUUUGUGGGUGUGGUUUGAACCGGCUGUAGCAAGAGCAGCCCUAAUUAGACCUGGGCCUUUGGUAUGUGGGCAGGCUCAAUAACAAUAAAGAGGGAACUAAUUGCAGCAAG